AUGAGCAGCGACGACAGCAAGAUGACGCUCAUGCGCGUGCUGCAAGUGGUGCUGGCGCUGGCCUUCCUCUAUGCAGCGUGGCGCAUCCUUCGGCACUGCUGCUGUCAGCCAAGCCAAGCCGCGCUCCUCGAAGAAGACUUUCUGGGCAACUUUCAAGACGGACUUUUGCGCCAGAACCUCGAUGAUCCGAACGCUGCACGCUGGUCGUGUUCGAUCUGCGCCUUCCACAACCAGCUUCGCACCAUGCACUGCGUCCUCUGCGACGCCGCCAAAGACGCGUCGCCAACCGCUGCCUUGAGUCUCCGGCAGCAGAGUGCCAUGCGCCGCAAGCAGUGGGCGCGGACCUUGUCGCCGACCGGGGACCUGCAGUGGCCCUCGUCCGAUUCCAUGCACGGCCAGUUUGUGAUUGCUUACGACCCGGCGACCAGCACGUGUGCGUGGACGCCGCUGGCGACCAUGUCCCCAUUCCUUGCCCCGGCGGCCGGCGAGACGUUGACGACAUGGCAGUGGCGCCAGCUCAUUGCGCUUCAAGACGCGUCCUUCUCGACCAAGGUCGCUGCCUUCUUCACGCGGCUCAGCCACACGUCGCGGUCAACGACCAAGCUCAACGUGUACCGGGACCUCGCGUUCGAGUCGAUCCACUUGCUCUUGCAGAUCGCACCGGCCUCCCUCUGUUCAACGACCAGCAUCACGAUGCUCGGUGAAAGCGGCGUGGACGCCGGUGGCCUCCAGCGCGAGUGGUACAGCCUCGUCCUCGCGGCCGUCUUGACGCCGUCGGCCGGGCUUUUUUGCGUCAACCACAAGGAAGACGGUGCGUACAUGAUCGACCAUCGCACGAGCCUCGAGCCGACCAAUUUGACGCGCUUUCGCGCCGUGGGUCGUCUCUAUGCGCGAGCGAUGCUCGACGGGCAAGUGCUUCCGCAGCCGCUCUGCGUGCCGCUGCUCAAAGCACUGGUGGGCGCCCCGCUCUCGGUUGCCGACAUUGCGUAUCUCGACCCAACAACAUCCGCCAGUUUGCACUACAUUGCGACAGCGUCCUCCGUCGACGACCUCUGCUUGGACUUUACCGUCUCCCGUGGCAAGAGCGACCUCGUGCCUCUGCUGCCCAACGGCCAAGACGUGCCCGUGACGCUAUCGAACCGCGCCGUCUACGUGGACUGUAUGGUCCGGUACCUCUUGUUCGACCGUGUCCAGCAGCCCCUGGCCGCGCUCUUGCAUGGGUUCAACGAGGUCAUGCCAGCCGACUUGGUUCUACCGUUCGACUACCAAGAGCUUGGCCUCUUGGUCGCCGGGUCUGCGGCCGACCUUGACGUAGACGAUUGGAAGCGCCACACCAAGAUGGCGCUAGCGCACGCGGCGACCAAUAGCGCCGCGUGGUUUUGGGAACUCUUGCGCGAAAUGACGCCGACGCAGCGCCGCCACUUGCUGCAGUUCACGACGGGCUCGUCGCGCGUGCCCAUCCAGGGCUUUCAAGGCCUCACGAGCUUUGACGGCCGUCUCUGUCCGUUUACCGUCGAGGCAAUUCCGUACGCGCGCGGCGUCUUUCCGAGGGCCCACGCAUGCUUCAACCGCAUCGACUUGCCACUGUACCCGAAGAAGGAGUUGAUGAAAGACGGUCUCCGCGUGCUCGCACAGCUCGAACAUGCUGAAUUUACCAUCGUCUAG